AUGGAGUGUGUUUCGCAUGACAGCCGAAACACAAACGGCGCAAUAUGCGCCAAGGAGUUAACAAAUAGUAGUGGCAAUUCUAAGUCAAUUGAAAUGCAUGCAUAUAAAAAUAAAUUCGAAAAAAGUACCAACUGUGAGGAAAAUAGCCAAGCAACAAUUAGGACAAGUAACACAAAGAACGAAGAAAGGAAGAACCAAAUGAAUUACGGUACCGAUAAUGACCAGGUUGAAAAUUUUAAAGUGUUGCACACUUAUUCAGGUACCAGCCAGAAAAGCAGAAAAAUUGGGCGUACAAAGAAUUUUUCAAAAAAUAAGGCAGAUUUCAAUAAUUUCUUCUAUGAAGAAAAAUAUGCCAAUAUUAAUUAUGUGGAGAAGGGGAAACGCCCCGAUAGGCAUUUUCCGCAUGGAGGUUCGGGAAGGAAUAGGGGGGUUAACGACAAUCACCAUAGAAAAGGUACAUCAUUAGGAAAUUGCAACAGUGGUAAUAAUAAUAUCGGGGCGCACAAUCCUAUCGAAUCGUCUGGGAAGAAUUAUUCAGGGUCAAGAAUGAAUUUGGUAAAUGGUGCAGAGGAAAAGUUCUUAAAACGGAUGGGGAGCAAUAACGACAACAUAAUGCCAAAUGCGGAUAAAUCGCACGUAGGAAUGGCUUCUAAUAGAAGUAGGAGAAGAGGUUCAAACUCAGAAAAGGUCCCAUUUGUCUUUACGAACAUAGGGGGAGAAACUGGAAGUUAUGACGAUCCAAAUGGCAGCAUGGUAAAAUGCGCUAAGGACGAUGAUUUUGUCGCCACUGAACAUUUGGGCGUAGGUAAAAGUAUGUGUGUUGACCUCCGUGGUGACGUUAUCGAUAGCGAAAGCAAUGACCAUAAGGGCGAUUUCCCCAAGGACGGAACCCCCUCAAGCAAGAAGAGCAGCUUCGUGCGAAAGAGUAAGUCCCUGAACAGAAAUAAUAUUUAUGAGAGAAAAGAGGAUGAGAAACAGAUGGUAUCCAUCAUGAAUAGGGACAACCCGGAAGGUAUGGAUUACACGAAUUUAACGAAAAAAGCUUGUUCUAAUAGCGAAUUAAAAUUUAAAGAAAAAAAAAAAGAGGAAGCAAACUGCACAAAUAAGGAAGCGAAUUACGAUUUUAAGAGCGCCUUGAAUGUCCAAUUCUCCAAGACAAAAAUGUGCCCAUAUAUGAACACGAAAGAAAAGUGCAAACGGUUUUUAAGUAAUAUGUGCCCCUAUGCACACGACCAAAGUGAGUUAAAGCCAUUUCCUGAUUUGUACAAAACAGCCAUGUGCCGUAACUUUAUGAAAAAUUUAUGUAGUAAGUCGAAGAUUGAAUGUAAUUUCGCACAUAAUGUGGAGGAGCUGAGAUCCACAGAUGAGUUUUACAAAACGACCUUGUGUAAAUUUUUCCUGAAUGGGUACUGCAAGGCGGACACGAACUGCAGGCACGCGCAUGGGCAGAAGGAGCUGAAGUGUAAGGAGGCCAAGAGUAGUGAAGCCAAGUGUGGUGAUGCCAAAUGGAGUGAAGCGGAACGUAAAGACGUGAACUGUGAAAGUGUGAACUGUGAAAAUGUGAACUGUGAAAAUGUGAACUGUGAAAAUGUGAACUGUGAAAAUGUGAACUGUGAAAGUAUGAACUGUGAAAGUGUGAACUGUGAAAGUAUGAACUGCGAAGAGAUGAACUGCGAAGAGAUGAACUGCGAAGAGAUGAAGCAUAGGUACCGCGGCAGUUUGCCCUGCGAAAGCGAUCGGGUAGGCACAGAGGAUGCGAAUAACAAUGAGGAUAGAGAGCAGCCGCAUCAUCCGCACGAGCAGAGUGACCUAGUAGGGGGGAAAACUCCUCUAAACGGAGAGAAAAUGAACCAGUUAAAAUCGUCGGAAAGUUUCUCCCUGUGCGAAGGGAAGGAGGUAAAGACCAUAGGAGAAGGGGAAGACAUUGCGGAGGAGGAUUUGCUUGUCGCGGAUGACAUGCAAGAGGACGAAAUGGUAGUGGACGUUAUCACGGUGGAAGGAAAACACAUAUCAAAAACAUGCGAUAAGAAAAAAAAUGGCAGCAAAAAGAAAAAAGAAACAUUCUACAAUGCAUCGCGGAAACUUAUGUCCAUUAGCACGAAGGACACAUACUGCUUUCUGUCCAAUGGUUUAUCCAGAAACAUGGAAUCGUCUGAAAUUUUAGAUGAUGAAAAUAAGAGUGUAAGGACGAAUGAAGAUUCAACUCUCGCCCAUAGCAAUGGAGAUUCCAAGAUAAAGAGUUCAGACAGCGCAAAUAGCUAUUUUAAGGGGGAACCCCAGCCUGAGUAUCCAUUUAAGUCUAACGAAACGAUAUACCGAGUAGAGGUGAAAGAGGAGAAAGUUAACAACUCCUGUGACGCAGUUGGACGGGAAGAAAAAAACGGAAGUGACACUGAGCAAGGACACAACUCGGUGGAUAAUAGUGAACAGAUAGCCACAAUAGGACACAUUGGAGAAAAUCAUACCACAAAUCAUGCAAAACGGGAACGAGAUAAUAAUAGAAAAUUCACAUAUUCAAAUUCUCACAAAGGUAGUAACGUAGCAGUGAAUGGAAGUAUAGCUUUGAAAAAAGAGGGAAGGGAAAUCUUUAACGACGAUAAUGCGUAUGGACAUAAGAAUAAAAUGAGCGUCAAUGGGGUGAAGGGUUCAAACGAAGAGACCAUUCAUCCUAAAAUGGAGAAGAGCAAAAAUGGAAGGGGAUACAUGAACCCUAAUUUUACCCCCAUGGGUAAUAAAAGUGGCACAAAAAAUGUUCAGGACAAAAUGGGAAACGGAAAAUUAAAUCGAAAUGAGCCAAUUGAUGUUAUCGACGUGAAGGAUGAAAUGCGCCCCCGAGGUGAGAGGCAAUUUGGCAGAUUGUAUGAGAAUGGCAUGUGUGGUUAUGAGGGAGCCAUGGAACAAACUGGGAAUUACGGUGGUACGGAUAAUUGUGGUUAUGCCCAAGAAAGGGGAGAGAAUUACACAUGGGAGGAUCACAACGGGGGGGAUCACGCGGGUGAAUACAACAGGGGAGAUUACCGAAACAGAGGGUUUAACAACACCGGCAGGGGCAAUGGCAAUGACAACUUCCAGGGCGGGAGUAACAACAACUUUAACGGAGCCUUUGGUAACAGCGCCGAUAAGUACCGAAGCAGUGUGAGUAAACAUUGUGCAAAUGGAAAAAGGGGGAAUGGAGACACGACGAGGUACGGUGGCCACAUUGGCAGUGCAGAGAGCAGCAAUAAUGGAGUGGCGAAGAAUGGCGUGACGAAAAAUGGAAUGGCGAAGAAUGGAAUGGCGAAGAAUGGAGUGGCAAAGAAUGGAGUGGCGAAGAAUGGCGUGACGAAGAAUGGAGUGACGAAGAAUGGCGUGACGAAUGGGGGCCUUGAGGAUAACGGCAUGGGGAAUGGUGGCUUUGGGAAUAGUAGCAUGAUGAGCAACAACCAGGUGAACAAUAACAUGAUGAAGAAAAACUUCAGGAGCAACAACGCAAGGAACAGCACUCGAAAUGUGAGAAACAGCGCGAGAAACAACUUGAGGAAUGGCGGCAUGGCAAAUUACGGUGCAAACCCUAACGGAGCGUACCCUAACAGUGCAUGCCCUAACGACGUUGUGGAGAAUAGUAUGCACACCAUGCAUUCCGAAAGUGUGAACACCUACAACAACAAUUUCAGUUGCUACAGUGUCAGCGAGGGAGACGCAAAUGUUUACAUGAGCAUGAAUAAUUUCCCCUACAAGAAUAUGACCCAGGGCAAUAGCUGCAAUGUUGAUGGUAGACCAUCAAACAAGAAUGACCAUUCCAAUUAUGGCGGUCACUACGGAAACGUUGGUAACGGUUCAGUCGGCGCAAACAGCAACGCCUACGUUCCACAGGAGUACGCUCCACCUAUGUGUAACAAUAUAAUGAAACAGAGCAAGAAUUAUAGAGGUAAGAAAAAGAUGGUGCAAAAUAACAUGCCAUACGAGAUGAGCAACAAUGUAAACUUUGAAAACGGUAACGGGUGUGAUCGUAGUAGAAACAUAUAUGAUCGCGGUGGUAUGAAGCGGGACGGGAAUUACAACGCUCAUGGUUUUAACCCCAGUGGUACGAUAGGCAAUAUGAAUAAUGAGCACGUUGACGGCAACAUGUAUGGCCAUAUGUUCAUGAAUAAUGGUCCAAGAAACAACCACCAUGGUAGUGUCAAUAAUAUCUACGACAGUGGCAAUGGCAGUGGGAAUAAUUAUUACCCCUACGGCUACGAUACUAGUGGAACACAUGUAAUGAAUCCUCCUCUUGAGAAGAGUGCAGAUAUGCGCAACGGAGGUAUGGAGCCGAAUGUACACAGUGGCCACAUGUACAAUACCUUGCGCCCAUAUGGAUUUGCAGAUGGACAGAGCGGUGCACAUGACGGGAUUCAAAACGAAGCACCUUACGCUGCACACAGCGGAAUGCAGAACGGCACCCAUAAUGGACCACAUAAUGGACCACCUAAUGGAUCACAUAAUGGACCACAUAAUGGAUCACGUAACGGAAUGCAGGACGGAAUGCAGGACGGAAUGCAGGACGGAAUGCAGGACGGAAUGCAGGACGGCACACAUCGAGCAUUCAGACAAGUGGACAAAAAAGUGCAUAGCGGAAAUGUCCAUCAUAGGCAUGGAAGCAGAAAUAGGAAGUACCUUAUGGGCAAUAAUAUCUAUAAGGAGACCUAUAGAAGUGGUGACGAAAAUUGUAGCCACGCGGUGAACCGGGCAGACGAAGCGAACUUGGGUCAACACUUUAUAUGUGAUCCUGGUGUGCGUGAUCAAGGGAGCCGGGGAAGUAGGAGCCGGGAAGGUGGGAGUUGUGAAAGUCGGAGCCGUGAAAGCCGGAGCCUCUUAUGGAGGAAGGAGAAAGUUUACCCAUCGAAUGGUUUAAAAAAUGGGCGCAUGGUAGAAGCUGCGGAACUGAAAAGAAAUAAUUAUGAUGAAAGGAAUUUAGGUACAAGGAAAUCUGACCACAUUGGAAAGAACGAAAAGGAAAAUAGGAAAGAGGGUCGUUCUGAUGAACAAGGCGAAGACGAGAUGAAUGACACUGCAUACUGCACCAGUUUUAAUGCGGAAGAUAACACGAACAAGUUAGAACAAAGUUUGUAUUUGCAAAAUAAUAAUCGUGGUAACUGGAAAGAAUGCAAUACACACCGAAAACGAAAAGGAAACAAAGAUGGAGGGAGAAAUGAUGACAUGAUGAUGAGUGAUUUACAUGGUAGUACGAAUCAAAGGACGAUAAACACUUUAGCUGCCUGCAUAAGCACCUUGAAUGGACAAGGGGAUCAACCAUCAUUAUACGAAGAUGGCCAAAUGGAAAGUUCCACGGUAGAAAAAAAGAAAUCAGAAAAUUAUGAUUCAAUGGGUGAAAAUUUCAAAAGUAACAACUUAAAAGGUAGAAGUACACGAAGAAGGGUAUCACGAAAUAGGAAAGCACAAUAUGAGGAUAACCAAAAUAAGGGCGAGCACAUUAAAAAGGAACAGAACAGGGGGGAGACAAAUCAGGAAGAGGUACUGACAGAGCUACAAAUAGCUGGCCACCAAAAUAGAAUUGGUAUGAUUAAGCAGGAUAACAAAAUUGAAAAUUUGUUAAUUGAUGAAGAACCCCAAACGUGUGUAUCCUGCUACCAGUACAUUACAGAUCCCACGCCGGCGGAAAUUACAACAACAAAUCCAUGCUGUUUAACAUGUGGACAGAUGAUCAGGAAAUCGCUCUCUUUGAUGAUCAUAGAGCUAUUGCAGCCACAGGUUCAACACCUACUUUCGGAUGUCAACUUUUAUGUGCAAAAUUAUCACGACUGA